UAUGUCGAGACUUUGCUGUUCUGGAAGAUCAUACCUUGGCCUAUAACUUACAGGAGCAAGAGAUUGAGCAUCACUUGGCAACAAACGUUCAGCGUAAUCGUCUGGUGAAGCAUGACUUGCAGGUGGCCAAGCAACUUCAAGAAGAGGAGGAUCUGAAAGCACAGGCUCAAAUCCAGAAACACCGGCAAGACUUAGAACGACAGGACUGUGAGAUCGCUCAGGAAAUCCAAGUGAAGCUGGUAUUUGAAGCGGAGCAGCGCCGCAAGCAAGAGGAAAACGAUGAGGAUAUUGCUCGUCUCCUACAACAGAAAGAACUGCAGGAAGAAAAAAAGCGCAAGAAGCACUACCCAGAAUCCCAGGGAUAUACAGUCUAUGAAGAUAGCUAUUAUGCAGAAAAUGGAGGCUCUAAGUUGAGGGGGACAAACCAAGCCACCUGUGAUACACCCCGAAGGGAACAGGAGUUAUCCGAUGCAGAGAUUGCUCGGAAGCUGCAGGAGGAAGAGCUCCUGGCUAACGAGGCAGAUCAGAAGGCAGCUCAAGUAGCCCAAGAUGAGGAAAUUGCCCGACUCUUGAUGGCUGAGGAGAAAAAGGCUUUAAAGAAAGGGAGAGAGAGAGAAAGGUCUUCCUUUGAAAAGAGGAGGCAUGAUCAAGACUGGAAGCAUGAUGCAAGUGAGUCCACACGCUCAAGGUCAAAAGAAGGGCCUGAAACUCAGCGACACAGAAGUGACAGGUCUUCAAGGUCGCAGCCUCUCCUUGAUGGCUCUGAACACAGUCGGUAUUACACAAGCCAGCCCAGCCCCUUGCGCCAGAUCCCCAAACCUGAGCACUCUCCUAAAGGUUCCCGUAGGAAGCAGUAA